AGCGCGGAGCCUGAUCCCUGGAGGGAGAGAGACACAGACACAGACACAGACAGAGAGAGAGACACAGACAGAGACACAGACAAAGACAGAGGGAGAGACACAGAGACAGAGAGAGGGCGGUGGGAUCGCCUCCCACGCCCCGGGGAAGCCGCAGAGGGAGCAGGGAGCGGGCUCAGGGACAGGAGCUGUGCCAGGGGCUGUGCCCACCUCCCGGAACCCUGCCCGCCCCGCAGUGCCGCCGACACCAGGAGCUGUGCCCACCUCCCGGAACCCUGCCCGCCCCGCAGUGCCGCCGACACCAUGAGCGAGAAGCUGCACCGCUGCGGGCCGCCCAGCGCUGCCCCCAGACCCGUCCACAUGAACCUGUUCGCAACCUGGGACAUCGACCGCUCCUCACCCAGCUGUGUACCCAGGUUGUUCAGUCUGACAUUGAAGAAACUCCUGGUGUUGAAGGAGUUGGACAAAGACCUGAGUUCCGUGGUCAUUGGAGUCAAGCUGCAGGGCUCGAAGCGAGUUCUUCGAUCGAAUGAGAUCCCUCUCCCGACGGGGGGUCUCAUGGAGACGGAGCUGCAACUCACCUUCUCGCUGCAGUACCCCCACUUCCUGAAGAGAGAUGCCAACCAGCUGCAGAUUGUCCUACAGCGGAGGAAGCGAUAUAAGAACAGAACCAUCCUUGGCUACAAGACACUCGCCAUCGGCCUCCUCAACAUGGCGGAGGUAAUGCAGCAUCCCAGUGAGGGGGGACAGGUUCUCGCUCUCCAUAGUAACGUCAAGGAGGCCUCAGUGCUAGUGGCUGAGGUGAGGAUUUACUCACUGUCCAGUCAACCCAUUGACCACGAGGGACCCAAGCUGAAAAUGUCAGAUCGAUCGCCCGACAUUGACAACUUCUCCGAGGAUGAGGAUGACAGCUUCUCCUCCGAGCAGGAAGUCAGCGAUGACCCGUUACAAGGACAGGACCUGUAUUUCGAUGAGGAGUUGGUUGGGAAACGGAAGAAGGUGAGGAGGAAGCUGCCAAGCUCAGCCUCCAUUUCCCGUGGAGGCAUCAGCAAUCAACAAAAUAUUAAACAGAAAUUUGUCGCUUUACUCAAAAGAUUCCGAGUGUCAGAUGAGGUGUUAGCCCUGGAGCACGUGUCUACCGAGCAGAUCCAAGAGGUGGAGGAGGAUCUGGACUUGUUGUACGAUAGUUUGGAAUUGUAUAACCCAAGUGACAGUGGUCCUGAGAUGGAGGAGACUGAGAGUGUGCUCAGCACGCCGAAACCAAAGCUGAAGCCAUUUUUUGAAGGUGUAUCCCAGUCGAGUUCUCAGACUGAGAUCGGGAGCCUGAACAGUAAAGGCAGUCUCAGUAAGGAGUUAUCCAGCCCACUGGAACCAUUGCCAUCGGACACACCGUGGACAUUUCGUACCAAACUCCAGGAGGAGAUGCCACCUGAGCUUGAGACCCCGGACCUAGCUGACCAGGAGCUGCACACUGACCUUAACACCUCAGUAACCAGCCUCGACAAACCCAAACCGCUCACAAAGAGCAGCAAGUCAGAGACCCAGACCAUCGCAUCGCCCAGUAAAGCUGAACCUGCCCACACCCCAAAGCACAGGAGGACCCCGCUGAAGGACAGACAGGUGUCCCGGACCCUGGGUGACCGAGCCAACAGUUCAGACAGUGAGAGGUCGCCAGAACUCAGUGUUCAGGUCCCCCGGAAAGUAGUCUAUGAUCAGCUGAACCAGAUCCUGGGUGCAGACAUCACCCUCCCUGAGGCUGUUAUCAUGGUCAGCACUGUGGACUGGCAAGGUCAGUACAUCUCUGAGCUGCUCCUUGAUCAGAACAAAACCUUCAUCUGCACAUGCUCGCUGAUUGAGGUACAGACCUGCCUGUCCAGUAUUCUCGCUCGGAUCCAGCGCUACUGUAACUGUAAUGCCCAGAUGCCUCGGCCAGUGAAGGUGGUGGCUGUUGGGGGACAGAGCUAUGUCAGUGCCAUCCUGAGAUUCUUUGUGGAACAGCUCGCCAAUAAGACGUCAGAUUGGCUCAACUACCUCCGGAUCCUCAUUGUGCCCCUGGGGUCCCACCCUGUCGCACGGUACAUGGCAUCUGUAGACAGUAAGUACAGCAGCCUGUUCCUGGAGCCUGCCUGGACAGAGGUCUUCACCAAGACUGAGGCUCCCACCACAGAUGCGCUGGAUGUGGUCGGACGGAUCAUGCAGUACAUUUCUGGAGCACACGUUUCUCUCCAGCUCCCGGUAGCUGAGGCCAUGCUGACCUGCAAGCACAAGAGCCAUGAAGACGACUCCUAUCAGAAAUUUAUUCCCUUUGUUGGAGUGGUGAAGGUUGGCAUUAUUGAACCAUGUCCAUCUCCAGCAGGGCCAGAGCUGGAGGACCCUGUGACGACAGUGAGCUGUGCUCCAUCUACGUCCCCCCCUCACAGCUCGAGUUCGGCGCUGGUGAAGGAGGUGUCGUCUACCCCCCCCUCGUCACCCUCCAUGAGCGGGAACCUCUCCGCAGCAAGUGCGGGUGCGGGUGAGGCGAUGGGUCUCCAGGUCGAUUACUGGCUCUCCCACUCGGCUGACAGGAGGAAGGAGGGAGAGAAACGCGACGUCAACGUGAAGAAUACAUUGAAAAGCGCCUUCCGCUCGGUUCAGGUCAGCCGCCUACCCAACGGUGGGGAGCUCAGCCCCUCCAUCACCAUGUCCAUGACCGUGGUCACCAAGGAGAAGAACAAGAAAGUGCCAACAAUAUUCCUGAGCAAGAGGCCAAAGGAAAAGGAGCUGGAUUCAAAGAGUCAGGUCAUUGAGGGGAUCAGUCGGUUAAUCUGCUCAGCAAAACAGCAGCAUCACAGCAUGCUCACAGUCUGUAUCGAUGGACUGGAUUGGAAUGAUGUGAAGUUUUUCCAGCUGGCAGCACAGUGGCCUACUCAUGUCAAGCAUUUUCCAAUUGGACUCUUCUCCUACAAUAAGGCCAGUUGUUAGACCAGCCUGGGAGCAGCAAAACCUUCCCCCAUCAGGGCCAGCUGCAGUCUCUGGUCCUCACCCGGAGACCGAAUACCUGACUGGAAUCUACCAUGGGAAUGUUCACGAUUCAAAACUGUCUGUGUUCCAACAGGGAACAGCGUCGCAGGCACGCUGUGGGAACAACAGCUUUUUCAUCUGUCUGUUAACCCAGCGUAAAGUUCACUUUGUUAUGUCUGCUGUCUGUGACCAUCCAGUAAACCCUUCCCCCCCCCCCCAAGUCUGUAACCCCCACACAGUCUGUAACCCCCCUCAGUCUGUAACCCACCCUCAGUCUGUAAUCCCCCCUCGAUCUGUAACCGCCCUCAGUCUGUAACCCCCCCGAUCUGUAACCCCCCCUCAGUCUGUAACCCACCCUCAGUCUGUAAUCCCCCCCAGUCUGUAACCCCCCCCUCAGUCUGUAACCCCCCCGAUCUGUAACCCCCCCUCAGUCUGUAACCCCCCCUCGAUCUGUAACCGCCCUCAGUCUGUAACCCCCCCGAUCUGUAACCCCCCUCAGUCUGCAGCCCCUCCCCAGUCUGUAACCCCCUCAGUCUGUUACCCCUAUCUAUUACCCCUUAGUCUAUUACUCCCCAGUCUGUUACAACCCCCCCCCCAGCCUGUUACACCCCGGGCAGUAACAGCUCCCAGUCUGUUACCCCUCCCAGCUGUUACCCCCCCCCCCAGCCUGUUACACCCCGGGCAGUAACAGCUCCCAGUCUGUUACCCCUCCCAGCUGUUACCCCUCCCAGCCUGUUACCCCCCGGGCAGUAACAGCUCCCAGUCUGUUACCCCUCCCAGCUGUUACCCCCCCCCAGCCUGUUACACCCCAGGCAGUAACAGCUCCCAGUCUGUUACCCCUCCCAGCUGUUACCCCUCCCAGCUGUUACCCCCCCCCAGCCUGUUACCCCCCGGGCAGUAACAGCUCCCAGUCUGUUACCCCUCCCAGCCUGUUACCCCCCCAGCCUGUUACCCUCCCAGUCUGGUACCAUCCUGUGCCCUCCUAGUCAGUGUGAUGCCCCAUCUCCUGUCUGUGACCCCCGUCACUGAGCGGUGACACUGUGCUGUAACUGGCCUGUCUGUGAUCUCCCUCUCUGAUAAUCCUCCAACCCCUCCACAGCCACCCCAGCUGUGAGCUCCCCCUUCCCACUUACUGGGAGCUCUGUACUCUGUGUCCUGUCUGAGUGUAGAGGGAUCUGCAGGAAUCUCUGUGUAAGACAGCGGUUAGGCAGGGGUGUGUAGAUGCUGAGGCCCCACUGCAGAAGGUGAGCUGGUGUACACUGCUUCCCCAGACCCUGAAACUCUCCCUGGCUGGCAUUAUAGUGUUAGCAUGCCUUCUGUCCCCAUCCCUGGGAGUGUUUGGGGGGACAGUGUAGAGGGAGCUUUACUCUGUAUCUAACCCCGUGCUGUCCCUGUCCUGGGAGUGUUUGAUGGGGGACAGUGUAGACGGAGCUUUACUCUGUAUCUAACCCCGUGCUGUCCCUGUCCUGGGAGUGUUUGAUGGGGGACAGUGUAGAGGGAGCUUUACUCUGUAUCUAACCCCGUGCUGUCCCUGUCCUGGGAGUGUUUGAUGGGGGGACAGUGUAGACGGAGCUUUACUCUGUUUCUAACCCCGUGCUGUCCCUGUCUUGGGAGUGUUUGAUGGGGGACAGUGUAGAGGAAGCUUUACUCUGUAUCUAACCCCGUGCUGUCCCUGUCCUGGGAGUGUUUGAUGGGGGGACAGUGUAGAGGGAGCUUUACUCUGUGUCUAACCCCGUGCUGUCCCUGUCUUGGGAGUGUUUGAUGGGGGGACAGUGUAGAGGGAGCUUUACUCUGUAUCUAACCCCGUGCUGUCCCUGUCCUGGGAGUGUUUGAUGGGGGGACAGUGUAGAGGGAGCUUUACUCCCUUUGUUCUGGGAGUGUUUGGGGCAGGUGAGGAGAGGUAUUUACUCUGUAUCUAACUGUAGUGGGAAGUGUAUGGGAGCAUGUGCUGUGUGUAGUGAGAUCCUUCCUGUCUGAUUCCUGCUAUACCUGAUGUCAUGUGCUGUCUGUGAUUUAAAUUGUGACGUUGUCCUGGUCUGUAUUUGGAAGGUGUUGUUAUUAUAUUUGUGCCAUAAAGCUGAUGUAUAAUAUUGACGAGAGAGAGAGAGAGAGAGAGCGAGGUGUUGGGUUUUGUUUUGGAAUCUUGCUCCUCUGUGCCAUGCAAUCACCCUCAGGAUCAUUUCUCAUCAACCAAGGAGCCGUCUGGUUUGUAACUCCCCCUCCCACUGUGAUACUGAGCCCUCCACCCCAUAUACACUGAGCAGGAAAGGCCCAGGCUCCUGGCCUGGCUUGUGCUGACUUAACCGACCACAGUCAGGCCUGUGGGGUUAAAGACAGCUGAAGUAAAAGCCAGACCUUGCUAUACCCCUUGGGGUUUCCGCAAUAUCAGGAAUUUCCUUCAAAACAUUGUUGCUUUGAAUCAAGUGGUCUGGCUGGGCUGAAGGUGAACAAACUGACUGAUAGUAAAGUUUUCCUCACAGCCUACCCAGCCAAACUGUACUCAAAGGGCUGGAAUGGAACUUCCAACAAAUGCAGGGAAUGGGAUUAGCCUCUGGGAAGCCCCUUCCACUUGUAGGCCUCUCUAUAAGCCUGACGUAUUGCAGAAGGAAGAGAAACUGUCCAGUGAGCGCCUCCUGCAGUUUAACAGCCCCGCCUGAGCCCGGCUGUCUACAGGGACCGUGGCAGGAGGAAGCCUGAACUCGAGGGGCUGAGACAGAGUGAGAGCGGCCUCUACCCCCUCCUGCCCCAGCCAUUGUCCCUGGGGUUCAGAGAAUUGCAUUGUAACUGUGUUAGCUGUCACUCCUGUGAUAGGAGGUAGGAUGGUAGAGGACAGAAGGAGGCCACUCAGCCCAUCAAGACUGUGACAGCUAUUUAGAAGAGCCAGCUAAUUAAAUGUGUGCCCCCCCUGUUUUUCCACACCCAACCCCCUCCCAAACAGGCCUGCAAACGUCUUCUUUUCCUUGAUUUAUCCAGAUGCCCCUUUGGAAAGUUCUGAUGAAUCCGCAUUCAGGGACAUUGCUAGCUGGUGGGACAGUCUCUGAGGAACACUCAGUGCUUAUUUCAUCAGUGUCUCUGUGGAGUUAUUAACAGCUGGCCUGUUACCAGUAUUCAGGGAGAGUUAGAGAGUUCCCUGCUCAUUCAGUAAGGCUCUCCCAUCUGUGUUUUGCUUCCAUAUACAUACAUAUACAUGUGUAUAUAAAUAUAUAUAUAUAUAUAAAGUAUUAGAAUUUUUUAAAAUCCAAAUAAAAUUCUGCUAAUA